AUGGGCUGUGGAACGUCUCAUAACGCUGCUGCACACGAGCCAAUGAAUUCUAACGCAGCCAUUGCGACUACGAUGCCAUCAACAAAACAACAAGAAACGGUUAAAUCCACUCAGAGUACAUCGCAAAAAUCUUCAGGCAAUUGUUGCACAGCAAAAUUAAAGACCUUCUUUCUUAUUAAAUAUCAUUCUUAUUUUUUAGACACAAUAAAUGUACUUAUAACGUGUCAUCAAAACGAAAAAAACGUCGCUGACCGACUGCGAAGCCAAUUAAUAGGUCUUAAAUUUAACUGCUAUACUCUGACGGAUACAACACCUUCAUCGAUCGUUGCUCGAGCUAAUCUUGUUCGAUGGUCUGAUGUAUUUAUUUCUCUCAUCAGCCGAUCAUAUCAACGAGCAUUCUGUUGCAUGGAAACUAUUAACUAUGCAAAAGAUAUCCGGAAACCAAUCGUUGUCAUUUUAGGUGAAUCAAAUUUUCAACCAUAUGGAGCCUUAGGUGCAAUUUCAGCAGGCGCUGUUCACACUAUGCUACUUGACGAUGACGGCACAUCAGAGAAUGUUGUAACACAGUUAUCCAAUAUCAUUUCAAAUCAAAAGAUUAAGAAGAAUAGCAAAAAUGUCACUGAUCCAGCUAAAAUGGAAGCUAAUAAUGAUAAAGUGAAUUUGAUUCAUGGUGAAACUCAAUGUACUAUUCUCAUCUGUACUGUUGAUGAUGGUGCCGCUGUUGCACAGUUGGUCUACGACGAUUUCAUCUCGAAUAAUCUCAAUGUAGGAUUCGAGAAUCUUUCAAAAUCAAAUGCAGCAUGUAGUAUAAAACGAUGCAAUGUCCUCGUACCGAUUUUGACAGCGCAAUUUGAACAAACACCUAUGUGUCGAGGCGCACUUGAAGAAGCUCGUCGACUUCAAAAACCUAUUGUACCUGUUAUAGCAAUAAAAGAUUGGCGACCAGAAGAUUGGCUUGGUUUAACGAUUGCGGGAUGUAUAUUUUUUCGAAUAUUUGAUAAAGACGGUGCCUAUAAACCAAUUUUCGAUAGUUGUCGAAUGAUGGAUCUACGUGUCGACGUUGAAGUUGCAUGUCGACCAAUUCCGAGUCAAGCUGAACGUGAAAAGGCGGAGAUCAAAUCAUUGAAAGAAAAAAUUGAAGAAUGUAAAGGAAAAUUACAAGCGUGGCCACCUACUCGCAAACCGCGUACAUUGAAUAUCUUAACUGACCGACAGCCUGUUCGUGUCAGAUUGGAUGAACCAAAUGCGAAACUUUGUUUUACUCAUAUUCACCACACACUUACUCGUUUGGAUCUGAAAGCUCCGCCGCCAAUGCUCGAUGAAUACGGAUUACCGAAACGACGAGAAGUUGAUUGUAUGAUCAGUUACCAGUGGGAUAAUCAAAUAUUCGUUCGUAAAGUUUAUGAAGAUAUGUCGAUGCGUGAAAUCCGUGUAUGGUUUGAUAUUUGGGGUUCUAUGCAAAGAAAUGCAAAUGAGGCCAUGGCUACAGGUGUGGAAUGUGCCAAAGUAUUACUUGUGUUUCUAUCGAAAGCUUAUCUCGACUCAGCCAAUUGUCUGAUGGAAUUUCGAUAUGCUGUAAAACGUGGGAAAGGGUUUGUUAUAAUUCGAACAGAACCAAACAUUCAACUCGAUCCAUGGAUGAUUGAGGCAAUUCAAGGAUUUCCUCAGUAUGAAAUUUAUUCGUAUAGUACCUUAGAAGCAUUAAUCAAUGGGGUUCCAACGAUUGACGUGAUAAUGCAAGCUGUUCGAAAAGUUGGUCAUGCGCAACCACCGGAUGUUGUCGAUGAUUGCUCAGCGGAAUUAUUUGAAUUGCGUUGUCUGCUUGAUGAUGCACGAGAUGCUAUUAGUGCAGAAAGUGGACAAAGUCGUUUCAAGACAUGCACUCGUUGCGGUCAAAAAUUUGAUGAAUACACGAAAGGUGGAUGCAAAAAUCAUCGAGCAUAUUACAUGGGUGGAACUAUUUUAGAAGGUCGAUGGGUCUGUUGUCGACAACAAGAAAGAGACUCACCCGGUUGCGAUUCCUGUGAUCACACUGAUGUUAAUCGUGUUUUUACUGUAGAUCCUUCAUAUGGUACAUGGACAUGGGUACCGCCGUAG